UCGCAAUUGACCUUGGGCUCUUUCCUCCCAAACUUUCAUCCUUGCGACGAACAGCUUCGACGCCAGACAACUCGACAACGCCAAAGCUGACCCCGAAUACGCCCCCUAGCUGCCGCACUGGUCUUCUCAAAUAAUCUCCUUUCUGCGCGCACCCCAGGGCGGUGUAACCAGGCCUCGAGAUGUUCUCAGUCUUGCGCCGGAGGGGCGCCGCCUCCCUCCCACGCGCAAAUACAACGUCGCGAGGAUCCGCUGCCGUCCCUUCAAGCCUCUCAUGCCUCUGUCGUAAUCCUCUUCUCGAUGGCUGGCGCCCACUUCCCGCGUCCGCAUCUCGACUCGCCUCUACUUCAACCAGCGACAAUAAGCAGACCGACAGCCAAGCCAGCGCCUCUGAUGCCUCGUCACAAAGCACGCGUUCACUCGUAAACGAACAGACACUAGACUGGGAAGAUAAGGUCGACUACCAACAUGUGGACAAGUUCAGCGAUCUGCCGUACCGGCACCUGGGGUACAACCAGCAUAUGAUCAUCAACGCCGAGUUCAAAAAGGCUCUGGGAGAUAUUGUGAAGUCUUUCCAGGCGCCCAUCAUCUACGCGUUUGCCUACGGAUCAGGGGUCUUCCCCCAGUCAAAACUGCUCGGCCGCACCCCAAGCGACGAGCUCGUUCACUCGGUGCACCCCGACCCCGACCCGGCCAUCGUGCGCGCACAGGGGGAGAAGCCCAAGAUGAUCGACUUCAUCUUCGGAGUGUCCCAUACGCAGCACUGGCACUCGCUCAACAUACGGCAGAACCGCCACCACUACAGCGGCCUUGCCAGCCUUGGCUCCGGCCUCGUGAGCAGGGUCCAGGAUCGGUACGGGGCGGGCGUCUAUUUUAACCCCUACGUUCAAGUCGAGGGCGUCCUCGUCAAGUACGGCGUUGUGAAUAUCGACACCCUCUGCCGUGAUUUGCUCGAGUGGGACACGCUGUAUCUUGCUGGGAGGCUGCACAAGCCGGUCAAGAUUAUUCGAGACAACGCGCGCGUCCGCAUCGCCAACCAGACGAACCUGCUUGCCGCCAUCCGUACCGCCCUUCUGAUGCUGCCAGAGGAGUUCACGGAGCGCGAGCUCUAUUCGACCAUCGCUGGGCUCAGCUACCUGGGCGACCCGCGCAUGCGUUUCCCGACGGAGAACCCGCGAAAGGUGGCCAACAUUGUGGGCCACAAUGCCAUCCAUUUCCGGAAUCUCUACGCGCCGCUUGUGCAGGUGCUUCCCAACGUCGACUUUGCCGAGGUCGAGGACCCCAGCUCCGCGCCGCCCGAGCAUGAUCUGGUUCUCCGCCAAACCAUGUCGGACGCGACGAGGGGCAACAUGGUGCGACGGCUGCCGCGGCAGUUCCGGUCGCGGGUGUACUUUGAGUACCAAAAGAAGUGGCAGAUCUCGCGCGCCGACUUUGAUCAUAUGACGGAGAACCUGCAGACCGAAGAGGGUGGCAUCUCCUUUGGCGCCAGGACGGGCGGUGAAUUCGACCAGCGGAUCGCCAAGGGGAACGCGGCCGUGCGGCGGGAAAUUCUGCGCGAGGCAAUCGAAAAAACGACUUCCUGGCCGAGCACCGUCCAGGCUAUCAAGGGUGUUGCCAUGUCCGGGGUGUCCCGCUCUAUGCGGUACCUCGGCGAGAAGAUGGACAAGUAUCGGGAGGGCAAGAAGCAAGGCCCUCCCGAGCAUUCCGGAGAUGCCAACCCGGAUGACGACGCCGGCGGUCGCAAGAUAGAAGGGGGGUCGAGUGCUGAGGCGUUUAUUCCCAAAGCCAACGAAAAGACGAACAGCAGCGAUGACAAGCCCAAAGCACCAUGAUCAUCCUCUUUUGGUUUCAUUUCCUUCAUCUUCUACCCAUCAGGCGUUCAUACUACUUCUUGUUUUCGCUUUGGACAUAGAAUAGACAAGCGGCAACUGCAUAUCAGUGGAGUUUGGGAUUGAACUUAUAAUUAUGAUUCUUUUGGCACCCCGCCUCCUUGUCGGCUGCGGAUUCCGGCCUUCUGUUUUGCUUCCACGGAUUUUGUAUUUCUUUCAGCCUGCAUCUGGACCCACGCCCGUGCUCCUGCGGCACUCGUGGGUUUCAGCACCCCAACGCUCAUCGAAUUCACAGCUCUCGUGGAGCUUUGGUCUCGGACUGCACGAUAUGAACCUGUCUUUUGGGGUCCAAUCCUAGAUGUCUCUACUGGCUUCCAAGUCGGACCUCCCUAUCCGAUGUGCCUUGAUUAGCCGGACCCAAAAUUGGGAUGGUUCUGAAGUGGGCUAGAAAACCUGUGUCCGUGCUACUGAUCGUCUAGUCUAAUGAGCAGGAGCCUAGGUACGUACCUACCUGGGUAGGUAUUUCAUCCAUCCAUUCUUGCCUGCCUUGAGGGGGGUAUCAGGGAAAUUGCGU